AUGUCUGAGCCCUCCAAGGUUAACGGAAACUACAACUCGGUCGCUGGUACCGUCAAGGAGACCAUCGGCAACGCUCUCGGCUCCACUGAGUGGCAAAAGGCUGGCAAGGAGCAGCACGCCAAGGGCGAGGGCGAGAUCAAGGCUGCUCAGGCCCAGGGCUACGCCGAGGGCACUAAGGACCAGGUCUCGGGUAAGAUCGACAACGUUGUCGGCGCUGUCACCGGUGACAAGUCCAAGGAACUGUCCGGCAAGGCUCAGCAGGAGUCUGGCAAGGCUCAGAAGGAGAUCAACUCCUAA